AUGGCAGAGCCCAUAGGCCUGGCUUCCGGGCUUCUCGCUCUGGCGUCGUUCGCCUUCCAAUCCAGUAUCGCUCUCUACCAGACGCUUCACAGCUUUCAAUCGCAUCCAAAACGCGUCCGCGAUCUCCUAGAAGAACUGGAGACGCUGAGCGAGGUCUUAAGUCCGCUGAAUGAGACAAUCCGUGCCACAGCCGACGAGUCAUUUUCAGCACUUGACCUCCCCCUCCUCCGAUGCGGCAAUUCAUGUAAAGAGUUUGAGCAGGAAAUCAUAAAAUGUACAUCUCGAUCGGCGGGCGGGCGGACAAGCUUUCGCGACUGGGCCAAGUUAAAAUACAUGGGCGAAGACAUUGAUGGUUUCCGACGGCUGCUCGCUGGUUACAAGUUAACCAUUACUAUUGCGCUUACGGAUGCAAACUUACGUAAAACCGCUGUUACCGCCGAAGCUCUCGAAGGUUACCAGGACCUGAUCAAGACCACGACGGCCGACCUCGAGGCGCAUCUCGCAAGUAUCGACGAAAAACUCGAAGCGGCGUUUGAACAUGCCGUGCCAGAGUCCGACGCAGACGCAGCAGAAAAACAACUCAUAAAGGAGGAGCAAUUAAGCACCCGACGAUGUCUUCAAAUCUGCGCACGAUUGUCAGAGCAUAUCGGUCAAAUUCAGCUUACCCCCCGAGACAAUGCAAGCGGUGUAGCCGACCCGGAUACAUUUCCUGAACACAUUACCAGUCAAGGCCUGCAAGAAUGCAAGAACAGCCUUCAGAGCACGGCGGCGAAGCUGGAGACGUAUCUUCAUGAUCUUAUGGACCGCAUGAUCUCAAAGUCCAGGACGGCAGGUACAUCUACGGAGGACUUUGCUGAUCUCACAAGGCUGCGGGAAGAGUGGAAGACUACACGCCAGUGUAUGGAGAUCUGCUCUCAGGCAGAUCACCGCCUAAAGGAGAACAUUACCACUAUCGAUAACUACGCAACAGGUGACGCCAUACAAUUCAUGGUCUCGACUGACGGGAAUAUCGUUCAUGGUAAAAAUCGCGGUCUUGGGUGGAGAACAAGGCAGGUUGGAGGCCACCUCAAUGAUGCCUCACUUCAGCAGUUGUCGCGGGACAUGGUGAGCAUUCACAAACUACAUAUCCACAAUUCCGUGUCGACUUCGCAAAGUGAUAUGUUGUCAGCUUCGGAUGACGCGGUAGAGAACGCAGGAGUUUCGGAUUUUCGAGAACGGUAUGGGCAAGGUUUCAAGCUCACGUCAAAGUCCACACCCACUGUUCCCGGCACAGGAAGUGGACGGUAG